CGGACCUCAUGUUGAAUUGCCACUGUGAAUAGGACUGCUAUUAAUCCACAUAAUAUAGUCGUGAAAAUCCAAAACUUCACUUGCUCCGCACUUUUUGACCCUGGUCCUAUGCAGACCUCGUUUGAGAUGGACUCCAACUCAUGCUUACUGAUAAGUCUCAGGCUGACUUUGUACGAGAAGCAUUCCCGAAAUGGUGUAAAUCCACGAAGGAUACUAAACUGA